CCUCCUCUCCUUCCGAUUCUCCAAUGUUCACAGCUUGGCCGGAGCUCGUUGUCUUCCCGGCUACAUUUCCACCGGAUUUUUAACACUCAUACCCGGCCCAGAUCCAGACGAGACCACGCUAAAGGUAAAGAAGAAGCUUCAAGGAUCCGGGAGAGUCUAGGGGGAAUCAAAAUGUCCAGUGAAAGACAGGGGCGGUCAGAUGACGAGAGUCCGAGCACCAGCAGUGGUAGUUCUGAUGCGGACCAGAGAGACCCACCAGUACCAGAGCCUGAGGAGGCUGAGGAGAGGAAACAGCUGCCCGCCACACCUCCUCAGCAACAGAAGAAACCCACCAAAUUAUCCAGCAAGACCACCGCCAAGUUGUCCACUAGUGCUAAAAGAAUCCAGAAAGAGUUAGCUGAGAUCACCCUAGAUCCACCACCUAACUGCAGUGCGGGCCCCAAGGGGGACAACAUCUAUGAAUGGAGAUCAACCAUCCUGGGGCCCCCGGGUUCUGUGUAUGAGGGGGGGGUCUUCUUCCUGGAUAUCACCUUCUCCUCUGACUAUCCUUUUAAGCCACCAAAGGUGACGUUCCGUACCAGGAUCUACCACUGUAACAUCAACAGUCAGGGGGUGAUUUGUCUGGACAUCCUGAAGGACAACUGGAGCCCCGCCCUCACCAUCUCCAAGGUCCUGCUGUCCAUCUGCUCCCUGCUCACAGACUGCAACCCGGCGGACCCUCUGGUUGGAAGCAUAGCCACUCAGUACCUGACCAACAGAGCCGAGCAUGACAGGAUAGCCCGACAGUGGACCAAGAGAUACGCCACAUAGAGGUCAUGACUUCUGACCCCAUCCUGUCUGACCCCACCCCAGCCCCGCCUGCAGUGUGAAGGUCCCGGAGGCGACGUCACAUCGUGCAACAAAUCUUUAUAGCCUUUACAAUACGGACUUCUGUGUAUAUGUCUGAUUACUGAUUCUACUCCUCCACCUUUUACCCUGUCACGAGGACUGGGUCUGAAGAGAGACAGAGAGAGACAGAUCUCAACAGGUAAUGUCUUAUGUCAGGUAGCGUGACGGCGUCUCUGUCUGCCAUGAUUGUUCAUGGCAACACAGAGCGUUAGAAUGACGUCAUCUGUCUGAAGACAAUGCCCAACAACAGGUAAAUGUAUAUUGGAGUAGAAUUUUGUAGCUGUAGAUUUUAGUUACAGUAUGUUUAAAUGCCUCUACUUGCAAGUCUUGCUUCUUUGGGAUAUUAAAAAAUAAAAUGUAUUUUGUGAUGUAAUAAUAAAGGAAACUAUUCCUAAAGUCUCAACCAAAUAUUAUGGUGCAUUUUAGCCUACUCCAUUAUCUGUAUGAAGUUAAAGAAGAAAAGAAGAAAAAACAACUAGAUGAUGUAGAUUAGUAGAGAUGUCAUUUAUAUGAAAGCCAGACACCCAUUUCCAGUUAUGUGGUUACAUUAUACUGUUGUGACUGUUUUACCAUUGUCGAUUUGUAAUGAAAAUGAGAUUUCAUUUAAACCUUUUUGUAGCUCAGCAAACGAUGAGCCACCAAUGUAACAUCCCCCAAAAACACAAUAAACUUGUCCCCAAGGGUAGAGUU